AAGAAACAAAGCUGUUGUGUGUUUAAUUAGGGUUAACCAAGGCUGUUUGGCGAACCGAACCGAUGGAUUUGUUUAACUCGGUGCUGAAUUGGGUGGUGCCACCGGCAAGUUUAGUGAUGCUGGCGUUUGCUUGGCCAGCGUUGACCUUCAUCAGUGGUUGUGAGUGGCUUUACAAUUUGUUCAACAGUGAAAUUGUCGAAGAUAAGGUGGUUAUAAUUACAGGAGCUUCUUCUGGCAUAGGAGAGCAAAUUGCAUACGAAUAUGCAAAGAGGAGGGCGAAUCUUGUACUAGUGGCACGAAGAGAGAACAGACUGCGUGUGAUCAGUGAGAAUGCAAGGCUUAUAGGUGCAAAGCAUGUCAUGAUUAUAGCCGCAGAUGUUGUAAAGGAAGAGGAAUGCAGGAGAUUUAUCAGUGAAACGAUAAGCUUCCAUGGCCGAGUGGAUCACCUUGUAAAUACAGUAAGUCUAGGACACACAUUCUACUUCGAGGAAGUUACAGACACGUCUGUCUUUCCCCUUUUGUUGGAUAUAAAUUUCUGGGGGAAUGUAUAUCCAACAUAUGUUGCUCUUCCUUACCUACGUCGAACCAAUGGAAAGAUAAUUGUUAAUGCAUCAGUUGAGAGCUGGUUACCUCUACCGAGAAUGAGUUUAUAUGCUGCAGCAAAGGCAGCUCUGGUAAACUUUUAUGAGACCUUGAGAUUAGAAGUAAAUCAUGAGGUAGGGAUAACAAUUGCAACUCACGGAUGGAUUGGAAGUGAGAUGACAAGAGGCAAGUUCAUGCUAGAGGAGGGCGCCGAAAUGCAAUGGAAAGAAGAAAGGGAGGUACAUGUAAUCGGUGGGCCUGUGGAAGAUUUUGCCAGGUUGAUUGUAGCUGGGGCUUGUCAAGGAGAUUCGUACGUAAAGUAUCCAAGCUGGUAUGACAUAUUCCUGCUGUACAGGGUGUUUGUGCCUAAUAUCCUGCAUUGGACAUUCCGCCUCAUUCUUCCAACGCACGGUGGAAGGAGGACUUCCCUUGUGGGCACCGGGGGGCCUAUUUCUGAAGGCUAUGGAAGGCCUUUGUUGGAAGGCACUCCUCCAAGGAGAUUUGUUGGUCCCAACACAAUUUCCCAACAGAGUCCCUCACGUCCGCUAAAAAUGGAAUGAAAUUUAUAGCAUUUCUGGGAAAGUAGCUAUGUUAGUAGUCUCUUCUAAGAAAUCAUGGUUGUUGAACUUGUGUUUUUAGCCGCACGCGGAGAUUUUUAACUGUUAAACAAAGUUAUUGCAUUCGAUAUGUAGUUCAUGUAAUAAUCCCU